AUAAUGAUAUUUGGAGCUGUGGACCUGCACAGAUAACCCCAAAGAACUCUUAUACCAUUCCUGGCCAUCUUUUAAUCUGUUGAUUUGUUGUUGUUAGCUGAGCCAGGAGAGCAAAAGGCGAACUCCGGAUUGCAAAACCACUGGGUGAUCUCUCUUGUGGCUCCACCCCCUCCAAGAGUUCUAGAAUCCUCAGAAGAUUCUGAGCAGUUGGUUUUUCAGUUUGAAGCUCUGAUUCCAAUCUGUUGAGAGGAGCAGCCACCUUUGGAUGCCAGAGCAGCUUCCAAAGUUAGCCUGCAGAAGACCCAAAACUGAUGGAUACUCUCACAGCCUCCUCUGUUUCCAGCAGGCCCUGGGUGCUCCAGUUCUUCAGAAACCUCUUUGGGAGCAGCAGGCAUGUCACGCAAGAGGGGCAAAGACCCAAGGCGAAAGAUGAAGAUAACGCCAAGAGUGAACUCCUGGACUCUCCUCUGCCCGAUAAUGGGCUUGAAGCAACCUUGCCAGGCAAAGAGCCUGAUGCCACCAAGACUUCCCCCAGUGAGAUCUGUGGGGAGUUGAUGGGCAGCUGCCCUGAAGAGCUAUCGUUGCUGAAGGAAAUAAGUCUGGGAGACACCACCCCUAUGAAUGAGAACAAACUGCCUGCUUCAUUUCACUCGACCAGGAUGGAGAUGGGAGACUCAGGUGGCUUUUCUGACCCCAUGAUAAGUGGCUUGGCCAAGGACCCAUGUGAGAAAGUUCCUGUCACGGGAGAGAAGGAAGAAGAAUCUGAUGACAGGGAGACGGUGGGAAAGGAUGAAUUUCCCCAGGUCCUAUGUGCAGAUGAUGGAGUUGCCAUGUCUGCUGGAUCCAUGACUGAUGCUAAAGGCUGUAGCGCUGAAGAGGAAAGAGAGCAUCUACUGAAAGAAGAUGUACAAGAAGAACCUCCAAAAGCAGACCUCUCUCCAUGGAACAGACUCCUCAAUAUGUACAAGCAGCGCCGGUGGCUUCCUGCUUCUAAAGUGGAUAUUCCAGUACAACCAGUUGUUGAAGAUGACUCUACAUUGGAUCUAAUGGUAUAUGGAAUUGCCACGCCCAGACCUCAUGUCUCCCUAUCAAAUCCCUCUGCAGUUGCCAGUGCUUGUGGGCUUCCUGAGAAUGAAGAUGGAGAAGUGGCUGAUGACUGUGAGACGGCACUCAGAGGCCCAGGAAGAAAUGAUGCUGGAAUUCUGGAGCACCCUAAGAAUGUGCACUGAGGAAACACUGUCGGAGUCACUUUGAGCCUACCAACUGCACCCUUCUCCACUUUGCUUGCUGGGAGGAAGAUGGUCUACUAAGGAUUGUUAUUUAUUACCCACCAGGA